UAGUUUCUGGUUGUAACCAUAGCAACAUAAAAAGGCUACAGCUUGAAGACCAGAAUCUCAUAUGGACACUGUGCUGUUUGCAGUUUAACAUGGCGGCGCCCUGUCGACUCAUAUCAAGGUUGGCUGUUGUGUCAGGAGGGGGGAGUGGUAUUGGAAGGGCAGUGUGCCAGAGGUUUGCUUCAGAAGGUGCCUCUGUAGUUGUAGCUGAUCGCAAUGAAGAAUCUGCGCAUGAAACACUUGAACUCCUGUCACGUAACCACAAAGGGCAGGAGCACAUGGCCUUAGGAGUGGAUGUGUCCUUGAAGGACAGUGUGGGAAGACUAGUGAAUACUAUACAGAGCCAUUUCUUUCAGCCACCCUCGAUAUGUGUAACUGCUGCUGGCAUUACUCAAGAUGAAUUCCUGAUGAAUAUGACUGAGGAGGACUUCGACAAGGUCAUUCAAGUUAACCUCAAGGGUACUUUUCUAUUAACUCAAGCUGUUUCCAAAGCAGCUGUUGCUGCUGGCAUUUCUAAAGGAUCCAUCAUUACUGUGGGUAGCAUAGUGGGCAAGGUGGGAAACGUUGGUCAGAUCAACUACUCAGCCUCUAAAGCUGGCGUGGAGGGACUGACUAGGACUGCAGCCAAAGAACUUAGCAGAUAUGGGAUUCGUUGUAACUGCAUCCUUCCAGGAUUUAUUGAAUCGCCUAUGACGGACAAGGUGCCAGAGAAAGUUAUUUAUAAGAUCACUCCACUUAUUCUUAUGGGCAGAAUGGGGAAGCCUGCAGAGGUCGCUGAUGUAUGCGCGUUCCUGGCCUCAGAUGAUAGCCAGUAUAUAACUGGAGUGAGCAUUGAAGUUGCAGGAGGCUUGUUCAUUGGCUGAGUUGGUUUUCAUCUGCCUUGAUGUAAGCAAGAUCUCCAUGUAGGAUUCUAUUUUGUUUUCUGAUUAUAAUUGUAUUUUUACAAAAAAAAUGUCAAACAAUAUAAAAAAAAACAUUAAGUGUCAAAAUAUACUGUAAGAAAUGAUAUGCUGUCAUAACAUGUUUUGUAAUUUCAUCCAAGAAAGGAAUAAUCUUUAUGUUAGCCAGAAACCUUUUGCCAUUUAUCAGAACACACUACACAUAUGUUAUACCUUUUCCUGACUCCAGGGGGAAGUGUGACUUAAGGUUUUAGGCAUCAGUGAAUUACUUGAUUCCUAAAAAGUUCACUUAUUUCUGACACACAGCUGAUCAUCUUCAUCCUCACAUGAGAUUUUCUGUGCUCAGUGUUCUGUACCUGUUGGACUGUAUUUGAAAUCCCCUGUGAUUUAUCCACUUUUUUGCGCAACAAAUCUUUAUUAUUCAGGCUUCGGUGUUCCUUCAGACUGUGCCUUGGUUUGCGGUUCAUCUGCUGUAUUUGUGUAUAGUAAAUUGAUCUGAAAAAUUUACGUUAAUUUGUUAUAAAAUAAAUCUACUUACAAUAUGAAA